UUCCUUCCGCAGGCCCUCUCUAAUCGUUUGGAGCAGGAAUACUUCUCCCAUCCCAGAAAUCAUAUUCGACCCGACAUUGGUACUAAGUCCCCAUGUGUUCCUUCUAGGAAUGCUUUUUCGUAUUGGAGCAUUCAAAAAUUUUUCGACAGAUGGAUUUGUGGUUGACUGUCCUGAAAAUCUGUACAAUCUUGGCGUUAUCAAGGGGCUCGGCCAGCAGGAGUUGAAGUUGAAAGAUGAGAUUCUUGAUCAAUUUGUCUUCUGUCAGGCAAUUCGGGAAGCAGAUGGGAUCCGAAUUGCGCUUGAGGAACAACUAACGGACGGAAUGCUCCGAUACCGAAUGAGGCUGGGGGUGAAAUCACUGGCGAAGGCAUUCAAUGACAGCCCGGACGUAACAAAUGAGCUCCAAAAUGUGAUGUUGCAGCAUGCCAGUAUCAACACCUUCGUUCGACAUUAUAGUGUGGGCAUUCACGUGGAUACUCAGGCGAUCGUACAAGGUCUACCAGCCCAAAAACAACUAAUGCAAUUUGCGGCUUCUAUGAGCCGGUCCAUUGAUCCUCGGCGGCCCUACAAGCUGGAAAAUUCCAGCUGCGUCAACGAUCUCCCUCGCGUACAGAUGUUGCAGGGACAUGUUCAUGAAAGAAAACAACUCCGGGACGAGAAGAAACGGUCCUACGAGGCUACCAAACGGGACUUUCAACAAACUUUCGGUGAUGAAAAAUUCGAAAAGAGUGAGAAAAAGCUGCCGCGACGCGCUUGUCGUGAAAACAAAGGCGUAAAGAGGUGUAAGAAAGACUACAUGCGUGCCGAUCAGCGAUAUCAACGCGCGCUACGGGAGUUGCGGAAUGAGAAGUAACGGUAACGCAAUUGUCUAAUAUAAGAAUGAACAGCCAGUGGUUGACAGCGAACGGCAACUCGCUGGGAAGAUGGUAGAUGAGGAGGUUAUGGACGUUCUGGAGCAAACGGGGUACAUGACCCCACAGCAUAUAAUGUUGAUCGACACUAUUC